UUCCGGGGAACGCGUAAGUCCUCCUCCUAGGAACCUUCGAGCAGGGAACGGAUUUGGAGAGAACACGCUGUGAAGAAGUGACUGGCAAGGCGAUGAUGUUAUCCGGGGUGACACUAGGAAAGGUAGCCUCUCAGCUCUUUCGGGCGUCAUGGCGACCGUUGCUGGGCGUGUCCUCAGCGCGUGCUUACCGUGGCGAAUCCCCCAAUGAUUCCGAGAAGGACCUGAUUGAGAUUCAGAUCCCGCCCUGGGAGGCGCGGAUCAACGAAGCAAUCGAGACGAAGCGAGCCAGGCUGCUGUAUGAGAGCCGGAAGAGAGGCAUGCUGGAGAACUGCAUCAUACUGAGCCUCUUUGCGAAGCAGUACCUGCACACCCUGAGCGAGGCACAGCUGCACACCUACGACCGGCUCAUCAACGAGCCCAGCAACGACUGGGACAUCUACUACUGGGCAACUGAGACGAAGCCCACUCCAAAGGAGUACUGCAGUGAUGUGAUGGAGCUGCUGAAGGAAUACACCAAGAACCGCAACAUGGAGCAGAGACUGAGACAGCCUGACCUGGAGUACCUGUUUGAGAGCAAGGACUGAGCAGUGCUGUCCUACACACACACACUGACACACACACACACACACUGAGACACUGACACACACAAACACACUGACACAAACACUGAGCCACUGACACACACACACUGACACUGAGACACGGACACACACAAACACUGACACUGAGACACACACACUGAGACACACACACACACACACACACACACACUGACACACACACUGAGACACACACUGACACACACACACACACACUGAGACACACCUCUCCCCUGUUUGUCGUGCUCGGGUUCGAGCUGUGCUUUGUGAGUGGUUCCGUUGCCUUCCUGCUGGAGGAUGUAUUUAUUAGGUAAUCAAAUAAAGACCCUUUUAUCUGCCUGGGUAAUGCCAGCCAGUCACACUGGA